UUUCGAUUCAAGUAGUUGCCGGAUGCUUCUUCAAAAGAAAACAGUUAAUAAGGUAUUUAUAACUGAUGGAAAUCAUGUGUUGCAUUAGACUCGCUUUAUAUUCAAUAUCUUGUUUAAUUUUAUACUCAGGUAGUCUAUGUAUAGUUACAAUCACAAGAGUUACAGCUACAGCUGAGAUAGAUACUGCUGCGUCGAUCCGACAGAGGGUUUUGAAAGACUAUGAUAAAACUCUGUCUCCGGCCAUAUAUUCGAGUGUGCAUUAUACCUAUAUUGGUAUCAACGUACUUCGAGUCCGUGGAUUGGAUGAAGUAAAAGGAGAAUUGAUCUUAGAAGCUCCAAUUGUUUUAGCCUGGACGGACGAACGCCUAACUUGGGAAAGUGAUACUGUUAAAAGUCUCCGAAUACCUUCUGAAGAUAUAUGGGUGCCAUCUCUUAACAUCUUGAACAGGAUUGAGCCUAAUGAAGUGACGAAUGAUCCCCUUCCAAGGGUCCUGCCAGGUGGUGUGUGGUGGGUUCCGCGUUACGUCUUGCGAACAUCUUGUAUACCCAAUCUCAAAUAUUAUCCUUUCGAUGCGCAGAUUUGUGAUGUAGUUAUCGUUUCUGUCAGUCAUGAGGGAGACUUACUUGAAAUAAAUUACUCAAAGCCCAUUCUCUUCAAUAAUGCUGAAGUUAGAACUGAAAGCUCUGCGGAAAACCUUCAUUGGCAAAUCAUAUCGGCAGAUGUAAUUCAAGAGAACAGGAAAAUAGAUUAUGACACCGAAUCUGAAGUAGGAAUCUUCAGACUGAAAAUUCAAAGAUCCAUGCCAUUGGUUGCUUUAGGGAUCCUAACGCCUAGUAUGGUAAGUGUUGUACUACUCCUCACGACAUUUUGGAUGAAGGCUGGAAAUAGUACACGCACCAGUAUCAGCACAACUUCGAUGCUGGUUUGCAGUUGGAGUCUCUUCACCAUCGGAAGAAUGUUGCCAAUAAGUGGAUCCACUACUCCAAUAAUAGUGGAAUAUGUCACCAUGUCUCUGAUCCUUUCACUAAUUGCUUCACUACAAACUGUUUCGAUGUCAGUGCUUUCACGCUGUUUGAAGACUCCACCAGUGGCGUAUGCAACGAUCAUUUCCAAGAUUCCUAACUGGAGUUUGGUACUGCUAGGUCUUCGUCCAGAACCUGACAGCAAUAUCAAUUUAGACCAAGCUUUUUUAUUCUCUGAAUUAGCAGACUCAGAAGGAAAAAAUUCAAAAGAAACAGAGGAUGUAAACAACAGCACUUCAGAACAAACGGCAAAAGUUAAAUGUCUGUGGGAAAAACACAUUAUGUUUUUUGAUCGUGUAGGCUUUUAUGUUUUUGGAAUUAUAAUUCUCUUACUUAUAACGUCUGUAAUGUCUACGGAGUAAUGCAGUCUGAUGUAUCUUUUAUGUUAGCAUUUUUUAAUAAAUUGGGUGCUAUAUACCUCAAUGA